CAGUGCAGUGGGUUGAUGAUCGGAUUUUCGUCUCGUUCUCUGUGUUGUUGUUCUCGGUGACGCGACGGAGGUGUAGCCUGACGCGGUCUCUUACGUGUCGGCCUGAAUAAAAGUGGAGCUCCGAGGGCUCGAGAGUGACGGAGGGAGUCUGUAUCGAUUUCCACAGUAGUGAGGACUUAACAGAGUCAGCGGACACUGGACAGUCUGAAGAUUCUGCCUAGGUUCCCCUCUUAUAGCUAACUCAAUGACCAUGGAGUCGGGAGCCGAUGCCCAACAGGGUGCAGAAACUGCGGUCUCUGAAAAUGAGAACCAACAGCUCACACAGGCCCAAAUCGCCACUCUUGGACAGGUACUCCAAACAGUAACGAUGGCUGCCGGACAUGCAAGUGGCACAGCGCCCACAGUCACCCUGGUGCAACUGCCCAAUGGUCAGACGGUACAGGUGCACGGAGUUAUCCAGGCCGCUCAGCCUUCAGUCAUUCAGUCACCACAGGUGCAAACUGUCCAGAUUUCCACAGUAGCGGAGAGUGAGGACUCACAGGAGUCAGUGGACAGUGUGACCGAUUGUCAAAAACGAAGAGAGAUCCUUUCUAGACGCCCCUCAUAUAGGAAAAUCCUGAAUGACCUGUCAUCAGAUGCUCCAGGAGUUCCGAGAAUUGAAGAAGAGAAAUCCGAGGAGGACACUGCGCCUUCCAUCACUACAGUGACAGUGCCAACCCCAAUAUAUCAGACCAGCAGUGGCCAGUACAUCGCCAUUACACAGGGUGGAGCCAUUCAGCUUGCAAAUAAUGGCACAGAUGGAAUGCAGGGAUUGCAGACUCUCACCAUGACAAAUGCAGGAGCCCAGCAAGGGACCACCAUCCUGCAGUACGCACAGACCAGUGAUGGUCAGCAGAUACUGGUGCCCAGCAAUCAAGUAGUCGUACAAGCUGCUUCUGGAGAUGUGCAGGCCUAUCAAAUUCGUACUGCCCCAACCAGCACUAUUGCUCCAGGUGUGGUCAUGGCAUCCUCCCCGGCCCUGCCAAGCCAAGGAGGUGCUGAAGAAGCCACACGCAAAAGGGAAGUCCGCCUCAUGAAAAACAGAGAGGCCGCUCGUGAGUGCCGUCGGAAGAAAAAGGAAUAUGUCAAGUGUCUGGAGAACCGUGUGGCCGUUUUGGAGAACCAGAACAAAACGCUCAUCGAGGAACUUAAGGCACUCAAAGACCUGUACUGUCACAAAUCAGAGUGAUGUACCACACAUUCUCCCUUCUUUCUGGCGGACUUGCGUGUACAGAGACUAAAGGACGAGUCAGCCUGACACGGACGCAUGUUUUCUAAAUGUUUUCUUAUUUUAAAUUGCUGCAGACUGCCUGUAUGAACACACAGGUAUGUGAGGGAACUGAACAGAAGCCCCCUGGCUAACACAAAUCUCUUCUAGAAAUAUUGGAUCAUGUCAUUAUAGACAAAAAAAAAAUGCUGAAAACUUUACUGUGGACUAAAACACAGAAGCACGUUCUCAGCCAUCUUUACUCCUGGACUCAAACCGAAACUCAGAGGAGGGGUUUGGAGGAAAAUGUUUACCUUUUUUUCCAGUGUGCU